AUGUCAUUAAAUGACUUGAUUUUCAAAGCUGGUUUAGUUUCAUUUCAUUCGCACAACAAUGACACUGCGGAUGCAUUAAAAACAUUUGACGAAAUGAUUCGAGAAUUGUUGUCCACAAAUGAUUAUGUUCAUGAUGAAAAAUUGAAACGGAUGUUAAUAAUGUGUUGUAUCAAACGCAUCAAUAUUAAUUUCAAAGAAAAAAACUAUCAUAAGGUCGUAACAGAUAUGAAUACAUUAACAUUGGUCGAAUAUGAUAUUUAUGCAAAUCCAGAUAUUUUUACAAUACCCAGUGAAUCAAUUGCUGGCCUAUGUGAUGAUAAAAUUAAUGCCAAAUUGGAAAAAUGUAAAAUACAUUCUAUUCAAAUAGAAGCCUAUAAAAAGCAUUUCGGCGAACAUUUUGAUGCACAAUCAAUACUUGCAAAAGAAGUGUCAAAGCCAGCAAAAAAAAAUAAUUAA